GUGCACAAUCGACAAGUUUUCGGCCACAAUUGUCCAUUCGAAUGCGCGCGGAAUCGCGUGGUAAGCUUCGAAAAAUUGCUGCAAGAGUCGCAGUGUCAGAGAUCACGUGUUGGCACCGAAGUUGUUCGAAGAGGCACGAAUAUUCGAGAGCCGAGGAUUCCAAUUGGCCGGGGAUGAGGCGGGCUCGCAGUGGAGUUUGCGCGUCUCGUGUAAAACUCAUACACACCUUAAAAAUGUGUUCACCUACAGUGAAACGAGAUGCUCGGAGUUGAGAAGUGAGCAAAGCAACGCACGCGUUGAGGUUUAAUGCUAUGGCAAACACACGCUUGUUCUGUUGAAUAUGCACGAAACGGGGGUGCAUGCAUGCGAGAGAUUAAAACCGAUAAAGAGAAUGGAGACAGAAAUAGGAAUAUCGACGAAAAUGAAGUGAUAGAAAUGAAGACGAAGAAGAGAAGGAGAAUAAGCAACGAAAAAAGAUUUGCCAAUGAGACCAAUACAGUGUAAGAAAGAAAGAAAGAAGAAGAAGAAGAAGAAGAAGAAGAAGAAGAAAAAGAAGAUGAAGGGAGACAACAGAAGAGAAAGAAGCGAGGGGAGGAAAGAGAUAACGAGAAUCGGAGUAAGCGAGACCGGAUUAUAGGGACGGACAGAGUGCAACAGAAAACUCGAGCGAGAGAGAACGAAAGAGCGAGGAACUGUGCGAAGAAAGGGACAGGAAGAGCGUGGAAGAUAGAUGAAGAAGAAAAAUGGGGAAAGAGUGAGAUGAAACGGAAUGCCGAGCGGGAGAAGAGAAGAGGAGAGGCAAGGACGAGAAAAAUAGCGGUGGGGGAGAGGAAGACGGAACGACUCCGAGAUAUGAAGGUAGAAGCGAAAGAGCGACGAGAAGAGGAAAGAGGAAAGGGAGGAAGAGUGAGGAGCACGGCGAGGCAGAGUUAAAAGUGGACAGGAAGAUGCGAGAAACGAAAGAGAAAGCGAGAGAGUGAGCGAAAAAGAGACAGAGGGGAAGAACGAUUAGAGGAGUUUGCAUGUGUGUUCACAGACGAGGAAGAGAGACCGGCUCGUGAGUGUUUCAUACAUGCGCGGCAGUUCUGUCGCGGCUGGUACACAUUUGCCGCGUAACAGCGCGAUAUCGUAGCUGCUGGUAAUCGAGUUAUCGGAGUGUGUGCCGCGUGUGCACACAAAACCGGAGUGGCACUAACACCCUCUCGCCUUUUCAUCGGGCGGCGUUCAUUCUAUAUAAACGGCAAGGGUGGGGGCAAGCGAAGACGAGGCAAAGAAAAAGAAGCAAAGGCGAGAGGGGAAAAAAAGCGAUCUCGAGUAGUAGUAGUUGCGACAGUGAGCAGCGCUCGUUAAGUCUCCUCGAGUUUUGUCGUGAAUUUUCACUCUUCGCGACCGGCUUGUAAUCGUUUUCCACGUUUAACGUCGACACUAUUGCACAGCCUUACGGGUGGACGGUUCGUUCAUGACGAACGGUUCAUUAAUCGCCGCAGUGUUGAACUCUGGUGAAAGACAAAUAAAUCUCGACAAUCACUUGACUCUCGGUGAACUCUUUUUCUCACUAAUUUCCAUCGAACACUCAAUUUGAAAUAAACGCGACACGCGCCCGAGAGAAAGAGACAGAGAGAGAGACCGGGAAGAGCACGUAAUCGCCGAACUAGUGUGGCUUAUCAGCUCGCGCCACAUUGUCGAAAAAGAUCGUGGUAAUCCCGAGUUUCAAAUAAACUCAUACCCGGAGAUAUAUUCCCGCUUCAAAGAUUCGGGGAUAGAAAAAGAGAGAUAAAAAAAAGCGAAUGUCUUUCGUCUCGUCGUCGUGGAACAUUCGUCGGAGAAGAACCAGAGUCAAAUCCCGGUGUCGGAGGUAGUUGACGAGGACAAUCCAAAUCUGUACAUAUAAUCAUAAUAUACAUAAAAACGCAUACAUACAUCUAUAUAUAUCUCUAUCUAUAUAUACACACACACACACACACACACACAUACACACGCAUAUGUAUAUAAAUAAAUAGGCAGAUACUCAUAUAUAUAUUUAUAAAUAUCUACAUAUCUCUUCAUACACUUCGUCCAUCUUCGUCUCUCAAUCUCUGACGUGGUAAAGAGGAAAGAGAAGUAGAAGAAGAGUAUACGUAAACGAGAAGGAGAAAUAGAGGAAACGAGCAGCAACACUGAGCAACAGUCGGGAAUAACGUCGUCUGCUUUUUCGUCAUCUUUUUAUUUCGUGCUUUUAAAUACGCGCACAUACACACACACACACACGCACACACACGCGAAAAGUCUUGCACCAAGAGCCAAGAACGUGACUGGCAGCAACGAGCCGUUUUGCGAACUUCGAUAACGCGAAUAAAGGAAGAGGAAAGGAUAUCUGCACAUUUAUAUAAAUCGAGAUUGAGCAUUUUUUGAAGUCCGAUCGAACUCAAUCGCGUUAGUAAAUUUUUUAAUACUCGUGCGAUGAACGGAAGGCAGCAAGUAAACGGAGAGAACAGAGGCAGGAAUGGCCACGUGCUGGUAUGGGAACAACCCGGCCUCGAGGAGCCGGAUAGGCAACCGCACAAACAACGAGCCCUGAUCGGGUCACGUCACGUAGUGACCUUCAUGCUUUUCCUGGGAAUGGCGAACGCCUACGUUAUGCGAACCAACAUGUCCGUCGCAAUUGUCGCAAUGGUAAAUCAUACAGCGGCUGCCGGAUCCGACCACGAUCCUCACGAGGUGGCUGACGAGUGCGGAAUCGGAAAUAGCACCGAAGAGCUCGACGAUGAUUCUAGCUCUGACGGCGAAUAUCCUUGGGACACGAAGUUGCAGGGCUAUCUGUUAAGUUCCUUCUUUUACGGCUACGUAAUAACUCAAAUUCCGUUUGGAAUAUUGGCAAAGCGAUAUGGAUCGAAAUAUUUCUUGGGCGUCGGUAUGCUGAUUAAUUCGGUGUUCGGUUUGCUGGUUCCUAUAUCGGCGCAUUGGGGUUACGGUUGGUUAAUAGCAGUGCGUUUUAUCCAAGGCCUCGGCGAGGGUCCGAUCGUGCCGUGUACGCAUGCAAUGUUGGCCAAGUGGAUACCGCCGAAUGAGAGGAGCAGGAUGGGCGCUUUCGUUUAUGCCGGUGCCCAAUUUGGUACAGUUAUAUCAAUGCCACUGAGCGGGCUUCUCUCGAAAUAUGGAUUUUCCGGUGGAUGGCCAUCAAUUUUUUACGUUUUUGGGGCUGUUGGCACUAUCUGGUGCAUUGCUUUUCUUAUCAUCGUUCAUGAAGAUCCGGAAACACAUCCCAGCAUUCCUGAGGAUGAGAAAAAAUACAUUCUCAGUGCUCUUUGGGGUUCGGCUGGAGCUUCUUCGCCACCUGUACCAUGGAAGUCCAUCGUCACGUCGCUGCCAUUUUGGGCAAUAUUGAUAGCCCAUAUGGGUCAAAAUUACGGGUACGAGACUCUGAUGACGGAAUUGCCAACAUUUAUGAAACAGAUCCUUCACUUCAAUAUUAAACUGAAUGGCGUCGUUUCCGCUCUACCGUAUCUUGCCAUGUGGAUUUUCUCAAUGGUAAUAUCGCACGUUGCCGAUUGGAUGAUCUCGUCCGGUCGUUUCAAUCACACAAAAACACGCAAGAUAAUCAACAGCAUAGGUCAAUUUGGACCGGCGAUUGCACUGGUCGCAGCUUCUUAUACCGGCUGUGACAAAUGGUUGACGGUCGCGUUACUGACUGUUGGGGUUGGUUUCAACGGUGGUAUUUACUCUGGGUUCAAGGUCAAUCAUCUUGACAUAUCACCAAGAUUCGCUGGAAUCCUCAUGUCCUUCACUAAUUGUCUUGCCAAUCUUGCUGGUCUCCUGGCACCCAUCACAGCUGGUCAUAUUAUUGUUGGAAAGCCGACGCAAGCCAAAUGGCGAAUGGUUUUUAUGCUCUCGGCGGCAGUUUACAUCGGCUGUUCGUUAUUUUACAUAAUAUUUGGAUCAGGCGAGAGACAAUUUUGGGAUAAUCCUGAAAAGGACGAAGAACGGAAGAAAAAGCCAAAAGACGCGGAGGCAGGGAUAAAAAGUUUGAACGAGACGCAGCAUUGAUUGUUACUGACGAGAUAAAAACGUCGCGUUUAUUGAAUACAUCGUCAGAUAAUAUAAGAGAAGAAGAAAAUCAUCUGUGAGCGAACUGUGCACGCGAGAGAAGGAGAGAAUCGCGAGUUCGCCAUUUCUUCUUUUUUUUUAUACACACAUUCAUUCCCUCCAGAUUGUUAAGUCGAGAUAUGAGAACAGUGCAAAAAAGAUAUGUUGAUAACAAAUAUGCUCUGAACGGGUGCGAUCUAGGUCAAUUUUUUUCAUGGUUAAGCUACUUUGUUUCGUUUCUUAAAUUGUAGUUGCCAAUAUUUUCAAACACGCGCCGAAAUACAGUGCUUCCAUUAAGCCAGAUCGGACGGUGUAAAAUCCUAAGCAAGAGAAACAUCAAUAUUUUGUAUAUGUCAAAAAUGCCGGAUAGUUAUGGAAGAAAAAAAACAACUUUGACCAUGAUGAAUGUUGCUCGUGUUCUAUCGCUUAGAAGAGCCAGUGUGAUUUUUCUAAUGUAUUUCGAUCGGAUCUUGAAAAGGAGGAUACGAAAAAUAUAUGCUUCUACGAUUGGGCAAUUUGGAUGAUAUACCGUAAGAAUUGGGAUGCAAAAAAUACCAUAAAACUCACCUUCGAACGAAAUUCAUCGCAAGGUGGUGAGAAUUCGGAUGGAAUUUUAUCAAAUUCGUUGAAACAAUCAGACUCUGAAAAUUGAUCAGCAUGUAAGAUCGUUAUAUUAAUCGUCGAUGCUUGUUGAGCAGGCAACAGACGAUCUAAAUUUUUUUGUCUAGUUUUGUGCAUACGGCUUGAACAAAUAUUCAACUAAAAAAAAACGACAAAAAAUAACAAAAAAAAACAUAAAAUGAAAAAAUCACACACAUCCUGUCGUCUGAGCUGGAUUCGACGAAUCCUGAGUCGACGUCGAGGCAGCAGUAUUAGAGUAGAACGCCACAUGUUCGCCACUCUUUAUUAUAUUAUUUUUAUUAUCAAAUACUGCCAUUUUGUAUUGUUCGACAGCAACAACAAACAAAAAACUAUGAAGCACACGAAACUUCAAAACCAAUCCAAUGAUUUGUUUCUUUGGGAAAUAUUUUCAGAAACGAAUUAUUCAAAUUUUAUGUCAAAACAUUAUUGUCGAUGACUUUAAAAGAAAAUUAAAGAAAAAAGACAAAUAAUUACGACUACAAUACCGGAAAUUCACGAGAGAUUCAAAUGUCAAUAAUGAAAUUUCACCAACUUUCAAUAACACGACACAAUACACAAUGGUUCAUAUAAAUAGUGUAGAUAUAUGUUUCGUAGGAUCGUAAUAAGUUAUAGACUUAGAUGAAUGAUUAAUUGUAGUUAUUUAUACGAAUAUGAAAAGAGUGCGAACGAGAGAGAAAGAGAAAACGGGAGUGAGCGCAAGGAGAAUGUGUGGAAGAAAAAAAGUCCGAGAAAAUUUGAAUUGAUAAAAAUUCAAGAAUUGUACGAUAGAUUGCAUUUUUUUCUUCGUUUUUUUUUCAAAUCGAUUCAACGAUUUCAGUUUGUGAUGUAGCACAUACACCCCAUGGAUGACAGAUAUGUAUCGUCAGGCGAGUGGGUUAUCCUUGGUUAGCUUUUUCCGUAAAUUCGAAAAUUGAAUUCUUCAAUGCGAAUUGACUAAUCUCUUUUCCUCAAAUGAUAAUUUUGUUGUUGACAAAAUUGAUUCAGACCUGAAAUUUUAUCGUGUGAUUAUUUUAAUCGGUCCAUUAGUUUCACCAAUUUAAACGAUCUCCGGGAUAACCUUUUCGCUGAUGCAUACAUACGAUACAUAUAUACAUAGUAUCUUGUAUGAUUCUUUUUACGCGGUUUUGAGAAUCGAGGCUACCCAUCUGAGAUUGCAACAGCACGUUGUUUGAUCCGUAAUUAUAAGGCAUUGUGGGUGCAAGUUUUUUUAUCAAGAGAUCAAAUAUCCACGACUAUUAUUGAAUGAUCUUUUUUUGAGAUGCAAAUUUCGUACGGUUUUCUGUAAAAAAAAUGUUUUAUUUCAUUAUAAAUCCAUCGAUUUAAGAAGAGACGUAGAACCACUCUGCCCACUUUAUUCAGAAAUUUGAAUUGAUUUGAAAUAAUAAAACAUAACUUCGAGGUCGCAAUGACUCCGUAUAAUCUUGCACGAUCAACGCUACUUUCUAAAAAAUAAACAACAAUAGAAGUGGUAACAUAGACGCUAAAUAAUAAAAAACUUUUCGGAAGCAGUAAAAAAAAGAUAAAAAUUUAUUAGAAAAUCAUAUUUGUUGGAAAAAAAUCUGUUUCGACGAAAAAAAAUCGUGUUUUUUCAGAAUGGUAAUCAAGUAUAUAAUCAUUUUGUAAGCUGUUUAUUAUGCUUUUCGAUGAAUUGAUCCUAUGUGAAAGCAGAAUAAAAAAUGAAUCAAUUGUACAACGUAUAAAAUCUCUCUGCGACGAUUGAAUCUCUCGUUCGCUACGACGACGAUUUCCUUGCGAAAUGCAAUCCUGUUUUUUUGCGGUCACAACCGUCACAGUCAAUACAUAUCAGAAAUAUGAUUCGUAACGAUAGCGAAAGAAAAGAAAAAAGAGAAAACUUGCACUGUCCAAAUUCGAAUCAAGGGUCUCACGCGAACGUUGAUAAACCAUUUUUGUGUGAGUAGAAAUAAUAAUUGUAAGUGUGACCGCGUGUUGAAUUCGCCAUUUUCAUAUAUCCCUCACGUAAAAUCCUCAAAAAAAAAACGAAGUGCCUCCAAUAAUUGUGGUUUCACUCCGGGCAUCUUUUGAAUUUCUACGAAAUUAUUGGACUCUAUCAAAUUGUUUCCCAGACAAACAAACACAUGAUAUAAUUCAUCAGAAAAUCAGUUAGAGUAUAUGGAAAACAAAAUUUUUGCCAGAAAAUUUCUCACUCGUUGACUGACUGAAAAAAUUAUUCAAUCUUCUCAAUGGGGAAAAAAAGUAAAAAAAAUCUUCUUUAUGGUCUUAAUCAUUGUGACUCAAAAAAUUCCAAUUUUCAUUUGAGUUAUGUCAGGAUUCGGAAUUAGAAUUAACAAAUUCAAUGCCCAAUUGCCACUAAAAAAACUCGAUGAGAAAACAAAUGUACAAAAAAAAAUAUGGAAAAUAAGAAUUCUGUUGUUGUCUGCAAAAACGUUCUUUGCUCCGUAUCUUUUAGGGGCGAAAAUUCUGUAUAUCAUUUGACCAACGGUGAAACAUAUGUGUAUAUAUUUCUACACACAUACAAAUGAACUGUAUAAUAGCUCGUUUCUAAAUUGUACGCCCCAUAUUUUUAUAUAAAUAUAUUUAUGAAUGAUGUACAUAAUAGUUGAAAAAAACCGUAUGACCCAAGGCCAAUGUUGUAAAUUCAUGAUUAUAUAUAUUUUUAUCGUUGGGAUUAUACAUGCAUAUGUGAUAAUAGAAUUGCAGACAAAUACAUCAUCUUGUACAGCA